AUGGCUUCAGCAAGUGUCGUCCUGCGCCACAGGACAACGGCGGAGCCUGGGGACUCGUGGGAGUCGCUCAAGGCGGCAACGGACGAUUUUGAGAGCAUAUUGACCGAGCAGCAGUGCACAGAGUUGCGGAAAAUUAAAAUUGUUCCCGAUUCCGAUGCUGUGAUGGUCUUUACUGCUCAGCUUGACGCUGCCAGUCGGUCCAGAAAGGGUAGAAGCAUCGCGACUCGACUUCACUCUGUACUUCAAUCAGUUCAGCAAUUUGCUUCGAUUGUGGACACGCUUGUCUCAUCGCACCCGGAGAUUGCGGCGUUGGUGUGGGGGAGUGUCAAGUUUGCCAUGCUGCUUGUCUCAAAUUACACUUCUUACUUUGAAGAGCUUUCCCAGGUUUUCAUGCGCUUCAACAGUUAUUGUCCAAUAUUUGAAGAAUAUCAAGCUCUCUUCCCAACAUCCAAGAGAGUUCAGGAAGCCCUUUGCAAAUUCUAUGUUUCAAUUAUUCAGUGCUGCAAGCAUGCCGUCGAAGCUAUACAAAGGCCGUGGCAAACCCAAAUCUUAAAUAUAUUCCGGCAGUCGUUUGACAAAGAAUUUGAAAGCGAUAUACUCAGCAUCAGGAACAAUGGGAAACAAGUAAAAGAAGAAAUCAAAUUGGCCCAAAUCCAAAUGGAGAGGCAAUACCAAGAGCUACAAAAACUGUCACAAGCUGUGGUACGAAGCGAUUUGCGAAAUAUAAUGUCUGGGUCAAAACUCGUGAACGAGAGGCUUGAAGACAUCAAAAUGACGCAGUAUCUACAUAAGACCCGGAAACGUGACCAACGUCUAUUGGAAUCACUCUCCACUCAUGAUUAUAGCACGCCGCUUAAGGAAGCGUGCAAGAUCCGGAAUUGCAAUACAGCUACAUGGAUAUUUUCGACGCCGGAGUUUACUUCAUGGACCAUUCAGCAGGGAACUUCUUUACUCUGGUGUUCCGGUAAAAUUGGAUCCGGAAAGACUGUUGUUACGGCGAGUGUGAUACAACAUCUUUUCAUGACAAAACACAAGAGCAUCUGUAUUACCUAUUUCUUUGCCCAAUACCACGAUGCUCAGUCUCUUAAAGCGGAGACGAUUCUCCGUUCAAUUGUUCGGCAAACCCUGAAUCCAAUGGAUCUAUCUGAGAAGAUUAAAACCGAUUUGAAAGACCUAGAUGGAGAGAGAUUCCUUCAAUUUGAAAAGGUAGUUGAACUACUGAAAGAUCGGGUUAUGAAGUUCGAUUGUUUUUAUAUCAUACUCGACGGCUUGGACGAAUGUGAUCCCUCGGAGCGACGCGUGUUGCUUGACGCCAUAUCAUCACUGAUCUCAAUGAAACCAAAACUCAAAGUAUUCCUUGCAAGCCGUAUAGGACUUCAAGGGGAAAUAGAGAGAAGACUGCCCAAUAUGACGCGAGUCUCAAUGGAGGUGUCUGGCGCAGUUCUAGACAUCUCAGUCUAUAUUCGAGAAAAUAUCCAGCAACGAAUGCUCGAUCGACAGCUUGUCAUGGGAGAUCCAAAGCUUGCUGAAGAGAUCGAGAGAAGACUGACGAUGCACGCAGAUGGAAUGUUCUUAUGGGUCUCAUACCUUCUUGACGAAUUAUGCGACCAAUGUAGUGACAACGACAUCCGAAAGGCUCUCAAUAAUCUUCCCAAAUCUUUAAAGGAAACCUAUUGUCGGGUUCUAUCACGGAUUACUCCAGGAAGAGCUCCGACUGUCCAGAGAAUCUUCCAGUGGAUAUCUGUUGCAAAGCGCCGACUUACUUUUGAUGAACUCAGCGAGGCAGUAUACAUUGAAGUCGGACAAAAGUAUUCAGAUACUAGCAAAAGGUUGAAUGAAAGUACUAACCUAGCUAUAUGGAGCGAGAAUCUUCUCCAUAUAAAUGAAGAAAAUACCGCGGUGUACUUCGCUCACCAAAGUAUAUAUGACUUCAUGACCAGCACAAAUAUUGAUGAUGAUGUUGCGACUUUUCAUGUCAACAUAGAGGCAGCAGACCACAAUGUUGGAGAAAUAUGUCUUACAUAUUUGCAUUUUAACGACUUUCAAACCACCCUUGCGUCACGACUUCGGCCGGCAACGGGAAUCUCGCCUGCAUCUAUACCGACGACGGCUUUCACGACUAACAACAGGGUCUGGAAUUCUACAAGAAGACUUAUUGAGCGAAAAGUCAUUAAGAAGAAUCACGAUGAUCUUUUUGACUUAUCCGUCAUGCCUAGCUACGACAGGGCAAGCACCGACGCUACCUUGGAAUCAUUUCAAGCUAGAUAUCCAUUUCUCAACUACGCUUCGCAGCAUUGGAUCUCUCACACUAAAACAUUUCAAGAUGGGAAAUCCAGGGGCUUUAAGCUUUGGAAACGUAUAGUGACGGAAGGUCACCCCUUGACAAGAAGACCGUGGCUUGAUUCAGAUAACGGCUGUGAACUGGAUGCCAACACCCUAGGAUGGGCUGUUCAGGCUGAGCACUUUGCAUUGGUGCGGCAGCAGCUCUUCGGGAAAAAUUGUCUCCUGAAAAGGGACCAAGAAGUGUCGAUGAUUCAAGCCGCGGCAAUUGGAAGCCAGGCGCUGAUGGAACUUUUUCUUCAACUUGAGCAAUCCAGCUGGGCACUGAAUACAAGCUUACAGCUGGCCUCGAAGCAUGGGCAUCUAGAGAUUGUUAAACUCCUACUCUGUAAAGAUGCCUAUGUCAAUGCUUAUGCAGAUCCUGAUUAUGGAAAUCAUACAGCCCUACAAGCAGCCGCGGGACACGGCCAUUUCGAAACGGCCGAGUGUCUAAUUGCCGCGGGGGCAGAUGUCAAUGCUCAUUGGCCAGCAAUUAGCGAUGUCCAUCUUGCCGAUCUCUAUAAUAUCUACGUUUCUCGGCGCAGGCCUUAUAUCGCUCUGGACCAGUUAGGAGGAGAGUGGUUCACCGCAUUGCAGGCUGCUGCAAAAGGAGGGCAUCGCGAUGUGGUUAGAUUAUUGCUUGAACACGGUGCCGAACCUAAUGCCCGGCCUGCAUCAUGUGAUGGUCUAACAGCUCUACAGGCGGCCGCCAAAUACGGCCAUCUUCAUAUUGUUGAAGACUUAAUUCGACACGGAGCCAAGAUUAAUGCUGCAUCCGCUUCCACUGGCGGUUGCACAGCAUUGCAAGGUGCAGCUCUGAACGGCCAUCUUCAGAUUGUCGAAGAUUUAAUCCGGCACGGAGCCAAGAUUAAUGCUGCAUCCGCUUCCACUGGUGGUUAUACAGCAUUGCAAGGUGCAGCUCUGAACGGCCAUAUGGAGGUGCUGAAAUAUCUGAUUGAGAUGGGUGCGCAGGUUAUCGAUGAUUCGAUCAAGUACAAGAAACUGUCUGCUCUUCAAGGCGCCGCCCUCAACGGCCAUCUGGAGAUUGUUGAAUAUCUACUCGCGAGACAGGCGGAUAUCAACGAAGUGCCAGACCUCCAGAGUGGAUUAAACGCCGCAUUGUCAGCCGCAGCACUUGGAGGGCACAUGAAGAUCUUGCGGCGCCUCCAUGAUGGCGGGGCUAGGAUCGAUGGCCUAACUGAUCUCAAGAGGAGUUUGACAGCUUUACAAGCUGCAUGCAAAGGUGGCCACCCUGAUAUCGUUAAGUUCCUACUUACUCAGGGGGCAGAUGCGAACCACGAGUCUGCUUGCUACGGAUUGACCGCUUUGCAGGCAGCUGCUGUGGGUGGGAAUUGCGAGAUCAUUGAAAUGACACUCACUCACCUACGUACGAGUAUCAACGACUCUGGCGGGUUUGGACCCACGGCGCUUCAACUGGCAGUCGAACAUGGACACCUUGGUGCGUUCCGGCUCCUGUUGGUGAAUCAUGCCAACGUCAAUGCCAGGAUCAACGAUAGUGAACAAGAUUACCAAGGUCCUUCAACUGCUCUGGAGGCUGCUUCUCAAAAUGGAUUUUUAGAAAUUGUUCAUGACAUGCUUACUACUAAAGCCGACCUAAAAAAUUUUCAUCCUUGGGCUUUGGCACUCGCCGCGGGCUGUGGCCACCUUGACGUGGUGAAAUGCUUGGUUGCUAAGGGAGCUGAAGUCGAUUAUGCUAAGAAACGUUCAACCGCCCUGCAUCUUGCCGUUCGGGGGGGCCACUUGGAUAUCGUGAAAUACUUAGUGGCAGAGAAGGCGUCUAUAAACCUUAGGGAUGAUUUUUCCCGACCGCCACUGCAACUGGCAGCUGGGCUUGGACAUUUGAGCAUUUUUCAAUUCCUCCUUGGCGCAGGUGCCUCCAUGUCCAAGUCUCACCGCAAGGCACCAUCAUCACCAUUACAAGAUACUGCAGCACAAGGUCAUAUAGAGAUCGUGAGAUAUUUACUUUUGCAUAUGCCCAAGGAUAAUGGCGACGCUGAACAAGCACUGAAAAAGGCUGCACGCUUCGGUCACCUUAGCAUUGUCAAGCUGCUUCUAGCGGAAGGAGUUUCUGUCAACGGCCCAAAUUUCUGGGAUGAUUACACACCUCUACAGGGGGCUGCGCUCGGUCGACACCUUGAAGUUGUCAGAUAUUUGCUUGCUGCAAAAGCCACGAUAAACCCCCUGUGGCAACUGGAAGAGGGUCUGACAGCCCUGCAAGCAGCUGCAGCAGGUGGUCGCCUUGACAUUGUCCAGCUAUUAGUUGCUGAAAAUGCCGAUAUAAAUGCUCCUUCUGCUGCUCACUAUGGCUGUACAGCUCUCCAGGCAGCCUGCCUAUACGGCCAUCUGGAGAUUGUAAAUUAUCUCAUCAUCCACCAAGCUAACAUUAAUGCUCCUCCGCCUUCUGGAGGUCACACAGCUCUUCAGGCUGCAUGCGAAGGUGGCCAUUUACAUAUCGUUAAGCAUCUCAUUCAUCACGGGGCCGACAUACAUGCUUCUGCGGACAAAAACGGUCGUACAGCUCUUCAGGCCGCUUCGCUCCAUAAAUCCUCAGGCAUUUAUGAAUAUCUGAUUAAUAACGGAGCUACCUAA